UUAAAGCUCGUUGUCAGUUGUUUAAAUAACUUUUCAUUCUUUUAAUAACAUUACACAAGCAUAUCUUUGUCAUAUCUAAAAUCAUCUAGAAACUGCGAAGAACAAAAGAUCCUUAUACACCUAUUUUUAUUUCUGAAAUAAAGAACCGACUGAGACAUAUAAUCGAUCUAAAAUUAUGGACAAGGAUGUUAAACUACUGAUUAAAUAUGCAAGUUAUGAUUACCAAAUAAUCAAAAUAAAUGCCUUCCAGGAAACAAGCAUAUGAUAUGUGAAAAAGGAAAUGUCGUCUAAAGGAUUUGAAAUAAAAUGUCGAGACGAUAUAAUCGGCAUACCAGAUGUACCUACAGGUUUCAGAUUAGUCAAAUCGUGGGGACUUAUCUCCAAAGGUCUUAAAACAAAGGAUCAGAUUAUUAAAGUUCUGUUAAGUGAAUGGGAUAAGAAAAAUAAAAGAACUUCAGGUCAAGGUCAGAAACCUCCAACCCUUGAAGAAGUUGUAGUAAACAACAAAGAAACCAGAGACUUGCUACAUCAGAAGUAUGACGAAGUGAAAUUGUUUUAUGACAAGCUGACCGAAUUAAUACAGAAAGAUAUAAAUAGCGUGUUUCCGAAUUUCACAGAAGAACUUGAAAACAGAAAGAAAGACAUACUCUCCCAAGAUUGCUUUAUAUUGAUUGCCGGCGAUAGAGUAUCAGGAAAAAGUAGUUUCAUUAAUCUUCUUUUGGGAAAAGAUAUACUACCAACUCAACAACUGGCUUGUACUGCUACAAUUUGUGAGAUACGACAUAGUAGAAAUGAAGAAAAAGAGGCUGUUUUAUACAAAAAGGAUGACCAAGGAAUAUGUCGUCUAGACCUAGUAGAAGAUGAAAAAGAUGACUUUAAGAAACUAAAGUAUUACAUUCAAGAACUAGAUGAGGAUGAUGACAGUCCGUUUGAGAAAAUAGAAAUAUUUUGGCCUGCCGAAAUUUUAAAGAAUGGAAUAGUACUAGUUGAUACCCCAGGAAUCGGAGAAAACAGAUUAUUCAUACAAAGGCUUCAGGAAUACAUGAAACAUUCGUUUGGAUUUAUUUACAUAAUAGAUUCGGCUCAAGCUGCAGGAUUACAGAAAGGAAGACUGUCAGAUUUUUUACGAACAGUUGUAAACUCAUCAGAUGAAAUUUUCGAUUCACAUGCAACUUUAUUCGUUUGCAAUAAAUGGGACGUGGUACCUCCAAAAGAGCAACGAGAGAUUAAAGCAUUGACCUUGAUCAAAUUGAAAAAGAUUUUUCCAGACGUCAAAGAUGAACAAGUUUUUACAGUCUCUACUGUUCAGGCAGCGAAAAGUGUUUCUUUCGGAUCAAUGGCUCAGGACUUUCAGUUCUUGUUUGAAAAUGGAAUUAAAAGUCUGAUUCCAGCAAGCAUGAAAAAUAGAUUACUAUCACAUUAUAGAUGGUUGAAAAUGGUUUUGCAACGAAUUUGUUUUUCGCUAAAAGUGACAGAAUCGAUGGAAGCACAACACGUUAAAGUAAACAAAGACACUAUAAGUAAACUCAGAGAUCAACUAAAGACAUUAAAGAACGAUGCUGACGAAGUCUUGGAAUCUGCAAAACAUAUCGCCGAAGAACAAAUUGAUUUACUGCUUAAAGAAAUGGCUGAUCUGUUGAGAUCCAAGGCAGCUCGUGACAAAAUAUGUGCAUGGGUAGCGAAAGACUGCCCUAAACAAGCAGAUUAUAAAAGAGUAUCACAAGAUGCAUCAGAAAUGAUUGCAGAUAGAAUUAUACAAGUGAUUGAUGCUUGGGAAAAUGAACAUCAGUUUGUACAAGGACUUCAGGACAGAAUCAUUCAGAAAUUUGAAGAAGAAUGUCAGCUGAUGGAUAAUCAAAUGCAAGAAGUUGCCGUUAUUUUACGAAUUAGUGGGGAUGUCCAGUCUAACGAUAUUAGAAACAGCAUCACUGCUAAGAUGUUAUCGAAAUCUAAGGAUGGAAACUUUACACAUCCACUUGGAGGGUUAGGAUCAGCAGUCAGUUGUGCAGGAUUACUUAGUACAACAGAUAAGAAAGUUAAACAACUUUUUAAGAAAUAUAGAAUAGACAAAGCACCAGAGCUAAAGAUGAUGGAAGCUUCUGUUUAUUUCAUGGCUAGUAUAUUCAAUGGACAGAGACUUCGUGAAAGUUUGUCAAAGUUUCUUAGACGUUUUACCAAAGGAAUAGAUUCUGUGGCAGAUAAAAUUCCAAAUUUUAUUAAAGCAGACCAUGAGCUUCUAUGGGAAAUGGAAUUAAAUUUAAAUGACACAAAAAGUGACAUAAAUAAAGUAUAUCCUGCUUUAUGUAAACGUGCCAAUGACCUCUUAGGUCAGCUUGAUUUAUUCUACGUCACGAAAUGUAUGAAACAAGAUUAUUCUCUUGAUGCAAUAACAUGGGACAAAAACGAUAUUUUAGGAGUAGGUCGUUUUGCUAAUGUCUAUAGAGCAAGCCUAAAAGUUGGACAGGACAUUGUCAAUGUAGCGCUGAAGAUAACUAAUGAUCAUAACAGUGUUAAAGAUUCAACAGUCACGGAUAUUCUAAGAGAAGAUAAUACUCUCAGAGGUCUGAAGCAUGACAAUAUCAUUCAGUAUUAUGGCUCUUUAUUGCUGGAAACAGAGGCAAAUGGCAUGAAAAAAAUGAAGUGGGUGAUGAUUCUAGAGUUUUGUUUUGAUACACUAAAAAGCAAACUUGUCGGUGGACAAUACAAAAAUCCAGCGUGUGUGCCAGCAAACAAGCGAAACGCCCAAAUUAAGACAAUGGCUGCCUAUGUAGUGCAACUGUGUUCAGGACUACAAUACCUGCACGACAAAAACUUAGUGCAUAGAGAUUUAAGGCUUGAAAAUGUGCUGCUCACAAGAAAGAACGAAGAAGAAAUUGUCAAAUUAACUGAUGUAGGACUGACAAAAAGUGAAAAUUUCAUAUCAGGGACAUUAGUAGGAACUCCUGCAUAUAUGGCACCAGAGAUAAUACUACGAACUGGAGUUUAUGAUAGAAAAGCAGAUAUAUAUAGCCUGGCGAUUAUAUUGUGGGAAAUCUGGUACGGCCAGGAUGUUACAGAGCACUUAGAACAAAUUUUACAUGAUAAAAACAUGAAUCUUGAAGAAGGUAUAAAAAAUGAUAAUCUGAGACCAUCAUUAGAAUUGGAAAGCCAUCCAACUCUAGAAAUAGAAGAUGUUAUUGUAACAUGUUGGAGUGAAGAACCGAAAAAGCGACUUGAUGCUAGAGAUGUGGAACAUUUUUUCCGAACAUUUUUGUAACUGUUUAUUGCAUUCUCGAUUUCAUUGUAUCAAAGCAUUGGCCAUUAAAAAACUGUAAUAGUUAUUAAUCUAAUCGAAAAGAUGUGGAAUGUUGGGAUAAAAUUUCCAAGACAAUGGAGCAAUUAUCCAUACAUCAAGUGAACACUGCUUUAUUGAUGGAAUUUUACCAUGGCUGUUAUAUUAUUGAUUUUCUACAUGCUUAUGUGUACCCUCCCGGAGCACCUGAGUUUUUUUAUUGUACUUUGACUGGAUUCGUGUUGCUUAGCAUGUUAUUUUCUAUCCAGUGUGUUGUUUACUAUUGUUUGUCUGUUUGGUAUCUUUAACUACUCUUUUAAUUUCAA